UGUCUGGAUACAAAUGGCAACCGGGGUGAAUCAUCACUUGUAAUGAACUAAUUUCUCACCACAUCCGUGUGUAUGUUUGUAGUUUUCUCCGCAGCUGUUAACACUAUAGGAUAACUUGUUCUUUAUGUAAGUUAGUGCUUUAAAUGCGUGUACAUUGAGUGUGUAUAUCGCGUGAAAAGUUUGCCUGGCUACGUUAUAUAUCUGUGUUACAUGUUGACCCACCCAUGUUGGAGUGCCUGAAUACCGUUGCCGACUAUACAUAACUUCAUAAGCCCAAAACAUCCAAAGGGGGAGACAGCAGGAUAACAGUAAUGUCGUCGCAAGGACGACCUAUCAAGUGUGUUGUCGUUGGUGAUGGAACCGUUGGUAAAACAUGCAUGCUGAUUUCCUACACAACCGACAGCUUUCCAGCCGAAUAUGUGCCGACAGUAUUUGAUAACUACUCAGCAGCGAUGAUGUGUGAUGGUAUCCCUGUAAGCUUGGGAUUGUGGGAUACUGCAGGGCAGGAAGACUAUGAUCGGUUACGGCCGCUAUCUUAUCCACAAACGGACGUUUUCCUUAUAUGCUUUAGUAUAGUUAGUCCUUCAUCUUUUGAAAACGUGACGACAAAAUGGUAUCCUGAGAUCAAACACCAUUGUCCAGAAGCACCGAUUAUAUUAGUAGGAACAAAACUAGACUUGAGGGAUGAUAAGGAGACGCUAGCACAGCUAUCCGAGGCUGGCAUCAACCCAGUGAAACGAGAGCAGGGAGUCAAGAUGUCAUCAAAGAUUCGCGCAGUGAAAUAUAUGGAGUGCUCUGCAUUAACACAAAGGGGACUGAAGCAGGUGUUCGAUGAAGCAGUGAGGGCCGUGCUUAGACCGGAAACCCAGAAGCCAAAAACGAAAAAGUGUAAAGUGCUGUAGCACCGCACCAGAUGGUUCGAAACACUCUUUUUGUACAAAUAAUAAUGUAAUCUGGCUAACAAGAGCUACAUUAUUGAAGCAUAGGUCAGCAUAGAAAAUUUCGCGUGAAUUUGCUCUAUUUUGGGAGUUGUCUGUAGCCACAAUGACACAUUGUACGUCGUAUAUGUAUUGUGUGCUGUCAUAUGCGCGAAUAAUAAACAGCAUAUGUCACCAAUUUUGUAGCUGGCUGGCCAAGGUCUAUCAGUUGGAAGAAAAUGUUACGCAGUGGCGUGUUGCAUAAUGAGCACCUUGCACUGCAGUAUUGAGGCAUUAAAUUGACAUCAGCAGAUGGUACCGUAAUACGAGACUCCUAUACUGACCAGAGACCGAUGUUUUAUUGAAGUUGAAACGUUUUCAUUUAGAAGUAAUAUUUUUGUUUUGCGGAAAAGCAUCAGUUAAUUUGAUUAUCUUCAUAUAUUCACAAUAGCUACAUUUUAUCAAGUGAUACAUCGUUGCAAAUGAAUGGUGUAUGCUAGUUAGAAUCUAGUUAACGUUAGGUAUGCAUCGAUUUUGAAUAAGUUGUAGUUGUAAGGGCCAACAUGUUUAUAGUGAACUAGAUCAUCUCUGAUCCACUACAUGUUAAGGAACCUUUAAAGAGUAUAGUAUAUUCUUCUAUCCCGAGAUGCUUGCAAUAUGAUUAUGUCGGUGUGAAGCCUGAGGUCUGCCAACUGUGGUCAAUACCGUGAGCAACUGUGCAAAUUUGUUUAGUGUAAAUUAUAAGUUAUGAUAGACAGUUUGUCGUGUAAAAAGUUUUUAUUGACGGGAUUUAAUAAGUCCGAUUCGUUGUCGGUAUGUAGGUGGAGCAUUGAUACAGUGACAUAGGAGAGCAAGUUGUUAAUCAAAGUGCCGGGUGUGACAUACAGCGUAAAACAAACAUAACACCUGGUUUGGCUUUGUCUUUACGAAGGUGUCAUUUCAGUAAAUUAUAAAUGCAUAAUGGAAGCCGAUAAUUAAUAUAGAGGCGUAGAGGACCGUGUGCUAGGUGAAAAUAUCGAGAUAAAUAUGUUGUCAUUAAUUUCACUUCAAAGAUUUUGACUUUGUUCUGUUUGUAGAUAUUUGGAUGUUCUUUGGAUGUAUGACAUGAUGUGAAACAUCAUAAAGUGGCCAAACGUUCUCGGUUGCUCCUGAAAUCUAAUACGAAAUAGUUUACAAUGUGCUUCCCUGACUGUCAAUAUUAUUUUGACACGUGAGUUCCCAAGAUCAUAGGAUACAUUUUAAAUUCCACUGCAUAUCCUGAUAUAUCAGUGGUUCUGUAUGAUCAACAACGGUGCGUAAAAAAUAUAACAACAUUAUUUCGAUGCAAUGCGAGCAACGUGACAUGUGCAGAAGAAGACUACCAUAGGCAUAGUCUAUAUUCAAGGACGUUUUUAUCCAAAGCAUGGCGAAUCCUACAUUAAGAAGAGUUAAUACUCGUUAUGGUCUAUUCUACUGGUUACUACUUUGUCCAUAACUUUAGUCGAACUGGAUUUCGGAAUGUACAUGAGGUACUCUGACCAUGGAGGUCGUAAUGGGUCGGUAUCACGUGAUGGACGACUUGUUUGUUGAAUUCAGGUAUCUAUUAAGCUAUCAUGUACUUGUCCCCCACAGCGGAUGUACAUCGGUUUUUUGCUGUUGUCUCGUUUAACUCGGCAGAGUGAAAUGGUAGAUGUUAGUGGUCAUGGGGAGGGGGGGGGGUCAUAAUAAUGACUAUUUACCUAGAUAAGGAAUCUAAUUGGGAGUCACUUUUAAUGAAAAUAUGUAUUGCAUGUUUCCAUUUUAAGAGGUCCCCUUUCUCGUGAUAGGUCUCAUUAAACACAGAUAUGUAAGUAGAUCAGUUAUUAUUUAUCGACAACGGAACAAUCCAUGAAAAUUUAUAUAUAGUGAACGAGAUA